GCAAACAUCAGUUCUGUUCUUGCACAAUUCGAUAACUACACGUCAGUAAACAAACGGUCGUAGUAGGUCCAGCAAUUUUUGUUGGCGCGUUUUAUCAGUUUGCGCUGUGCAAUGCAAGUUAAAUAACGCAUCGGUUUCAACAUUUACAUAUUACAGAUCUGCAAGGCUUUUGCCAAUAAUCUCAUUUGUCAAGAACACAAAACAUUGAAGACAAGAGAAGAAAAUGUUAAAAUUGAAAUUAUAUGCCACAGUGGCAUUUUUAUGUGUGCUACAAGUGUGUGUAGCACCACCAGUGACACAAAAGAAGCCUGAAGAUGGUGCAGACAACACUGAAGGACUAGAAGAUUAUGUAGAGUAUCAUAGAUACAUCAAGGAAGUAGUCAAGGCUCUGGAAUCAGACCCAGCAUUCAGGGAGAAACUUGAGAAAGCCAAUGAUGUGGACAUUAGAAAUGGAAAGAUAGCUUCUGAGUUAGAACUUGUAAGUCACAAUAUCAGAAGUAAAUUGGAUGAGAUCAAAAGAAUUGAGUUGCAAAGAUUAAGAGACUUGGCUGCUAAAAGAAAUGCUCUGUUGAAUAAUGAGCUUGAUCAAGAUGAUCCAAUGCAUCAUCACAUUCAACAUGAGAAUCCACAUACAUUUGAAGUGGAGGACUUAAAAAGACUCAUUGUGAAGACUACUGAAGAUCUGGCAGAGGCUGACAGGAGAAGAAGAGAAGAAUUUAAGGAAUAUGAACUGCAGAAGGAGUUUGACAAGUUUGAAAAGUUAAAUCACACUGAUAACACUGAUGAAAGACAUAAACUGGAGCAGCAGUAUAAGGACAUGGAUGAGAAACAUAAAAAACAUCAAAAACUGCACACACCAGGACAUAAACAACAGUUGGAGGAGGUGUGGGAAGAACAGGAUCACAUGACGCAAGAUUUCAACCCAAAAACUUUCUUCAUGUUACAUGAUUUGGAUAGUAAUGGAUUAUGGGAUCAGGAUGAGGUGAAAGCCUUGUUUGUUAAGGAGUUAGAUAAAAUGUACGCGUCAGGCGCACCUGAGGAUGACAUGAGGGAACGUAUUGAAGAAAUGGAAAGGAUGCGCGAAGCAGUAUUCAAAGAAAUCGAUGCAAACCGCGAUGGUUUCAUUGAUUUCACUGAAUUUUUGCAACAAACGAAAAAGAACAACUUUGAUAAAGAUCCUGGCUGGAAGGGAUUGGAUGAACAGAAACCUUAUACCGAUCAAGAACUUGAAGAAUAUGUAAGGAGGCAUCAUGAGAUGCAGCAACAGCAAUACUAUCAGAAUCAACAGUAUAUGCAACACGGACGGCCACCACCAGGAUAUCAUCCACAACAAGGCUACCCACCACAAGGACAUCCUCAGCAAGGCUACCCACCGCAAGGGCAUCCGCAACCAGGCUAUCAUCCUCAGCAAGGGCAUCCCCAGCAAGGCUAUCAUCCACAGCAAGGACAUCCACAACAAGGAUACCAACAGGGUUACCCACCGCAACAAGCACACCAUCCACAAGGUUACCCACAACAAGGACAUGGAGCACCACAGGGCCACCCACAAGGAGUUCCAUCACAGGGACAUCCACAACAAGGACAAUUUCAUCCUGGACAAAUCCCGCAGUCGCAGGUACAUCCACAACAAAUAAAUCAACAGAUGCACGAUUUCAAAAUGAAUGAUUUGAACACAAAUGAGGUCUAUCAACAUGAUAGUCCUGUUGCCCAGCAUCAAAAACAAAAUUCCGGUCAGAAUUAUCCAAGUCAUCCGCCGCAACAACAGCAGAACUCUGCACCGGUUGGCCACCAACAAAAACCGUCAAACCCCCCGGUAAACCCAGGUAAUUCACAGCAACAUCAACAGCAAGAAAGAAAAGAUGCACCUCAACCACCACCACAGCAGUAUCACCAAAGUAACGAGAAACCAUCGGCGUCCAAUGAGCAUAUACCGCAACAGAAUCAUAUUCCUCAACAGGAACAAGUUGUAGAUUCGUCGCCACAUGUUAAUUCUGUGCCUAAACAAGCUCCGGUUGUCGCAGCAGCGGCUGCUCAAGCCCCGGUUGUAAAACAAGUAUAACGUUCAGGGAGAUACCGAAAACCGCCGAAAUAUAUAAAUUAACGCAUUUACAAACAAGAAAAAACAAAGGUUCCUUUCUUUCAAUUUCAAAAAUUUCAUUUGUAAAUUUAUACAAAUAGCAUUUUGAUUGUUGAGCAAUGCAUUUAAACACAAAACUACUAAAAAUAAAAACAUAUAAGUCAUUAA